AUGAAAUCCAUAACCAAAUUAGGCCUGGGAUUAUGCGUCAUCUUCGGCAGCCUCCCCCUCGCCGUCGCCGCCGAGCUCUACUACCUCCUAUGGCGAAAGAAGAAUCAGCAACAAACCCAAACCCACAAAAAAAGAUCCAAUUUUUCACACAUUCUCCAAUUCUGCAGGGGGCCCACCUCCUCCUCCGCCGUACACGAGCCGCAGUCCAAAGACCUCUGGCUGAAGAAGCCGUUUGCGGAGGAGAACAUGGGGAGCUUCCCGCGAUUUCUGUUCACGAUCGCGGAGGAGACUAGGGAGGAUUUGGAAUCGGAAGAUGGGGGCUUCAAUUUGGGCGAUUUGCUGCAUAUUUUGGAGACGCCGUUUCUGACACCGGCGGCUUCGCCGGCGUUUGGCGGGGAGUGGAAGGGGGGUGAGAGAAUUGUGGAAGAACUUCUUGUUCACAAUUAUAAUUUUUAUCCUUAUUUGUGA